AUGAAAAAGAAAAAAAAAACUGAUAUAAAUAAAGUUACAAAAUAUAAAUUACUUCAAGUUCAAAUAUUUUUCAAAGAUAAUGAUGAAAAUAAGAGUGAUAAUGAAAAUAAGAGCAAUGAUGCGUUACUACAGUCAGAAUCGAAGGUCAGCAAUGAUGUUGUAGAUAUUCGUCAGUUUCAAGAAUUUCAAAAAAACUAUCUCGUAAUGUGCAAUGAUAUAAAAUGGAAGCUUCCAUCCGGAAGUUAUGUUGAAGAAGAUCAAGAAUAUAUCAAGACAUACAAUGCUAUGGCUGACCCUGAAUUAGAGGAUGGGCUAAUGGAAUACCUUGUUACAUUUAAUGAAACUGAUAUUUCAAAGAUGCGGGAUAAAAUUAAUGCAGAGAUAGACAUGACUCCAUAUGAUCCUAAAAAACACUUUGAUUAUCAAUAUGUCUAUCAAGUUUUUGCUAACCUGGGGGAAGGAUGCUCACUUGCAUCAUCAGAACGAAAAAUAAAGCAAGAGAAAGUGCAAAAACAAGGUCUAAAAUUGGCAGGAAGUGUGAUGGAAUUUAGAGAUUACAUCAAUCGAAGAAUAUGCUAUGUAGAAGAUCUAAUAUUUUUAAUUCACGAAGUCCUUGUUGCCAAGCUUCGUAUUAAGCAAAAUAUAGAACUAUCAAAUAAAAAAUGCAAUAAUUUGAAAGAAGCUUUAAGAAAUAAACAGAGCAAGAGGUCAAGAUCUGAUAAUGAUUUGCCAGACAAUCAAACUUCUCCUCGAAAAAAGUCAAGUUACAUUAUUUUAGCUUUUAAUUAA